CUGCCGCAGUGCUGCCCGCCCCGUCCCGGCCCCGCACUCCCGCUCCGCCGGCGGCCGCACCUGCUCCGGCCAUGAUGAGCUUCGGCGGCGCCGAUGCGCUGCUGGGCGCCCCGUUCGCGCCGCUGCACGGAGGAGGCAGCAUGCACUAUGCGCUGGGCCGGAAGACAGGCACCGGCGGUACGCGCUCCGCGGCCGGCUCCUCCAGCGGCUUCCACUCGUGGGCGCGGACGUCCGUGAGCUCCGUGUCCGUCUCGCCCAGCCGCUUCCGCGGCGCCGGGGCCGCCUCGAGCACCGACUCCCUAGACACACUAAGCAACGGGCCGGAGGGCUGCGUGGUGGCGGCGGCGGCGGCGCGCAGUGAGAAGGAGCAGCUGCAGGCUCUGAACGACCGCUUCGCAGGCUACAUCGACAAGGUGAGGCAGCUGGAGGCGCACAACCGCAGCCUGGAGGGCGAGGCGGCGGCGCUGCGGCAGCAGCAAGCCGGCCGAGCCGCCAUGGGCGAGCUGUACGAGCGCGAGGUGCGCGAGAUGCGCGGCGCCGUGCUGCGCCUCGGGGCGGCGCGCGGCCAGCUGCGCCUGGAGCAGGAGCACCUGCUGGAGGACAUCGCGCACGUGCGACAGCGGCUGGACGAGGAGGCCCGGCAACGCGAAGAGGCCGAGGCGGCGGCUCGCGCCCUAGCGCGCUUCGCGCAGGAGGCGGAAGCGGCGCGCGUGGAGCUGCAGAAGAAGGCGCAGGCGCUGCAGGAGGAGUGCGGCUACCUGCGGCGCCACCACCAGGAGGAGGUGGGCGAGCUGCUCGGUCAGAUCCAGGGCUGCGGUGCCGCGCAGGCGCAGGCGCAGGCCGAGGCGCGGGACGCCCUCAAAUGCGAUGUGACGUCGGCGCUGCGGGAGAUCCGCGCGCAGCUCGAAGGCCAUGCGGUGCAGAGCACGCUGCAAUCGGAGGAGUGGUUCCGAGUGAGGUUGGACCGACUCUCCGAGGCAGCCAAGGUGAACACAGACGCUAUGCGCUCUGCACAGGAGGAAAUAACUGAGUACCGGCGGCAGCUGCAGGCCAGGACCACAGAGUUGGAGGCACUGAAAGGCACCAAGGAGUCACUGGAGAGGCAGCGCUCUGAGCUAGAGGACCGCCAUCAGGCAGACAUUGCAUCCUACCAGGAUGCUAUUCAGCAGCUGGACAAUGAGCUGAGGAGCGCCAAGUGGGAGAUGGCGGCACAGCUUCGCGAGUACCAGGACCUGCUCAAUGUCAAGAUGGCACUGGAUAUUGAGAUUGCUGCUUACAGAAAGCUUCUGGAAGGUGAAGAGUGUCGCAUUGGCUUUGGUCCGAGUCCCUUCUCUCUUACUGAGGCACUCCCGAAAAUUCCCUCCACAUCUACUCACAUAAAAGUCAAAAGUGAAGAGAAGAUAAAAGUAGUAGAAAAAUCAGAGAAGGAAACUGUGAUUGUAGAGGAACAGACCGAAGAGAUCCAGGUGACUGAAGAAGUGACAGAAGAGGAGGAAAAAGAGGCCAAAGAGGAGGAAGGAGAAGAAGAGACAGAAGAGGGAGGAGGAGGAGAAGAAGAAGAAGUGGCGACAUCUCCCCCUGCAGAAGAGGCCUCAUCUCCAGAAAAAGAAGCCAAGUCUCCUGUGAAGGAAGAAGCCAAGUCUCCAGCUGAAGCCAAGUCUCCAAGUGAGGUCAAGUCACCAGCUGAGGCCAAGUCACCAGCUGAAGUCAAGUCCCCAGCUGAAGUCAAGUCCCCAGCUGAGGCUAAGUCACCAGCUGAGGCCAAGUCACCAGCUGAAGUCAAGUCCCCAGCUGAGGCCAAGUCCCCAGCUGAGGCCAAGUCCCCAGCUGAAGUCAAGUCCCCAGGUGAGGCCAAGUCCCCAGCUGAAGUCAAGUCCCCAGGUGAGGCCAAGUCCCCAGCUGAGGCCAAGUCCCCAGCUGAGGCCAAGUCACCAGCUGAAGUCAAGUCCCCAGGUGAGGCCAAGUCCCCAGCUGAAGUCAAGUCCCCAGGUGAGGCCAAGUCACCAGCUGAGGCCAAGUCACCAGCUGAAGUCAAGUCCCCAGGUGAGGCCAAGUCCCCAGCUGAGGUCAAGUCCCCAGCUGAGGUCAAGUCACCAGCUGAGGCCAAGUCCCCAGCUGAGGCCAAGUCCCCAGCUGAGGCCAAGUCACCAGCUGAAGUCAAGUCUCCAGCUGAGGCCAAGUCUCCAGCUGAGGCCAAGUCUCCAGCUGAGGCCAAGUCCCCAGCUGAGGCCAAGUCACCAGCUGAGGCCAAGUCACCAGCUGAGGCCAAGUCACCAGCUGAGGCGAAAUCUCCAGAGAAGGUAAAGACCCCUGUGAAGGAAGGAGCAAAAUCCCCAGCUGAGGCCAAGUCUCCUGAGAAAGCCAAGUCCCCUGUGAAGGAAGAGGUGAAGCCUCCAGCUGAGGUGAAAUCCCCUGAGAAAGCCAAGAGCCCUGUGAAAGAGGAAGCAAAGUCUCCAGAGAAAGCCAAGACUCUAGAUGUGAAGUCUCCAGAAGCCAAGACUCCAGUGAAGGAGGAAGCAAAGCACCCAGCAGACAUCAAAUCCCCUGGGCUGGUCAAAAGUCCUGCCAAGGAGCAGGUCAAGUCCCCUGAGAAGGAAGCUGCCAAGGCUCCUGAAAAGGAGCUUCCCAGGAAGGAAGCUGCCAAGGCUCCUGAAAAGGAGGAGGUGAAAGCCAAGGAACCCCCAAAGAAGGUGGAGGAAGGGAAGACCCCAGCUACACCAAAACCAGAGAAGGACAGCAAGAAAGAUGAAGCACCCAAAGAGGCCCCAAAGCCCAAGGUGGAGGAGAAGAAGGAAAAGGCCAAGGACUCUCCAGCGGAGGCCAAGAAGGAUGAGGCCGGAGAUAAGAAGAAAGCAGCGACUCCAGAAAAGGAGGCUCCUGCCAAGACAGAGGUGAAGGAAGAGGCUAAACCCAAAGAGAAGACAGAGACGACCAAGACGGAAGCGGAGGACACCAAGGCCAAAGAACCUAGCAAACCUGCAGAGAAGGAAAAGCCAAAAAAGGAAGAGACAGCGGCGGCCCUAGAGAAGAAAGACACCAAGGAGAAGGUGGCGGAGUCCACGAAGCCUGAGGAGAAACCCAAAGCGGACACCAAGGCCAAGGAGGAUGACAAGAGCCUUCCCAAAGAGCCCAGCAAACCCAAGACUGAAAAGGCUGAAAAAUCCUCUAGCACAGACCAAAAAGAUAGCCAGCCCCCAGAGAAGGCCACGGAGGACAAGGCCACCAAGGGGGAGAAGUAAGGCAGAGACAGAGGAACGUCUAGAACAGCCAAAGAAAUUCAGGAGAGUCCGCACACUCAAGGGUUGGCGUAAUAACUUUUAUUUCUUCCUUUCCUUCCUGUAAGAAGAAACACCGCUUAGGUGACGGGCCUGCCCUCACCUAGCAGGAAUGUCUGCUAGGAUUAAGUUAGCAAGAGAGAUACCCUGAUCCCUGCCCCCACACCCUAAGCCCUUGCCAGGUGAUGGACAAUCAUGAUAGCUUAUUGUAGCUGAACGUGAUGUAUGCUGAAUGCCACACACACACACACACACACACACACACACACACACGACUAAAAACUGCCCCCCUCCUUUCCAAGUAAGUGCAUUUAUCUCCUGUAUGUACAACUGACAGAUGGCCGCCAUAAUGAAUGAGCAGUUAGAAAUGCAUUAUGCUUGAAAUGUCGUAACCUAUUCCCGAAUGCCUUCUCGUUUUCCAAAGGAGUGGUCAGGCCCUUGCCCAGGAUGCUCUCCUGGAAGAGCUGCAGCAGGUGAGGCAGGGCACUGGCCCCUGAACCGUGCCAGGCGCACUGUCCACUGGUGUCCACUUUCAAUUGCUUCCAUGCAAUAAAACCAAGUGCUUCUAAAAUAAAA